AUGUUUAGGACAAGAGUGGCUACUAUCUUAAAUAGGGCUACUGCCAGAUCAAGUGCAAAUUGUGUUUUUUCAGCGAGGGCUAGGUCUUUCCAUUCGCGGUCCAUUUUGCUCAAAGCAGCAGUUGCAGACAUAUCAUCUUUACAAUACACAAGGACUUACAAUCCUGACUUGAAGAAUAUCGGUAGACCUCUAGAUACGUUUGCGAGACGUCACUUAGGCCCUUCUCCUAAGGAUGUUGACAAAAUGUUGAAAACCAUGGCUUAUAGCGAUUUAAACGCAUUUAUAGAGGAGCUAGUUCCACCUAAUAUUUUAAAGAGAAGACCCUUGGAACUAGAGGCCCCUAGUAAGGGAUUCUGUGAACAAGAAAUGCUUCAACAACUAGAAGAAAUUGCUAAUAAGAACCUUUACAAAGUUAAAAACUUUAUUGGUAAGGGCUAUUACGGUACGAUUUUACCACCAGUUAUACAAAGAAAUCUUUUGGAAAGUCCCGAAUGGUAUACUUCUUACACUCCCUAUCAGCCUGAGAUAUCUCAAGGUAGAUUAGAAGCUCUAUUGAACUUCCAAACAGUAGUUUCAGACUUGACUGGUUUGCCCGUCGCUAACGCCUCAUUGUUAGAUGAGGGUACCGCAGCUGGUGAAGCUAUGCUAUUGUCAUUCAAUCUUUCUAGAAAGAAGAAGUUCAAGUACGUCAUAGAUAAAAAGUUACACCAGCAAACAAAGAGUGUUCUUUAUACCAGAGCCAAACCAUUCAAUAUUGAAAUUGUUGAGAUUGAUUGUUCAGAUAUAAAAAGUGCCAUAGAUGUCCUAAAAACUCCAGAUAUAUCUGGUUGUUUGGUUCAAUAUCCAGCGACAGAUGGUUCAAUCUUACCACUGGAUGCGAUGAAACAAUUUUCUGAAGCUUUACACUCUCACAAGUCUUUACUAUCUGUCGCUUCAGAUUUAAUGGCUUUGACGCUUUUGAAACCACCUGCUGAGUACGGCGCUGAUAUAGUUUUAGGUUCUUCUCAACGAUUUGGUGUCCCAAUGGGUUACGGUGGUCCUCAUGCUGCUUUUUUUGCUGUCAUUGAUAAAUUAAAUAGAAAAAUCCCUGGUAGAAUUGUCGGUGUGUCUAAAGACCGCUUAGGCAAUAGAGCCUUGCGAUUGGCUCUCCAAACUAGAGAACAACACAUUAAGCGUGAUAAGGCAACUUCAAAUAUUUGUACUGCACAAGCUCUCUUGGCUAAUGUCGCUUCAAGCUACUGUGUUUAUCAUGGUCCUAAGGGUCUACAGAAUAUUUCUAGGAGAAUAUUUAGCUUAACAUCGAUAUUAGCAAAUGCCAUUAAAGACGACAGUUCCCCCCAUCAACUUGUUAACCAAACUUGGUUUGAUACUUUAACCAUAAAGUUGGGUAAUGGUAUAUCCUCUCAACAGUUAUUGGAUAGAGCUUUGAAAGAAUUCAAUAUUAAUUUGUUCGCUGUAGAUGGUACUUCUGUUUCGUUGUCCCUUGAUGAAACAACUACAAAAUCUGAUGUUGAAAAUUUAUUAAAAGUAUUUGAUGUAGAAAAUUCCACUGAAUUUCUCUCUAAGGAUUAUUCCAACUGCUUCCCUACAGAAUUCCAGCGUACUGAUGAGAUUCUGAAAAACGAAGUCUUCCAUAAACACCAUAGCGAAACAGCAAUGUUGAGAUAUCUCCAUAGGUUGCAAUCACGUGAUUUAUCUCUUGCUAAUUCUAUGAUUCCUUUAGGCUCAUGCACUAUGAAAUUGAAUAGUACAGUGGAAAUGAUGCCCAUCACAUGGCCUCAAUUUUCUAAUAUCCAUCCUUUCCAGCCUUCAAGCCAAGUCCAAGGAUACAAAGAAUUAAUAAGUUCGCUGGAGAAAGAUUUAUGUAGUAUUACAGGCUUCGAUGGUAUUUCUUUGCAACCAAAUUCCGGUGCUCAAGGUGAAUACACUGGCUUAAGAGUAAUCAGGUCUUACUUGGAAAGUAAGGGUGAAGACCAUCGUAACAUAUGUUUGAUCCCCGUGUCCGCACAUGGUACAAAUCCAGCUUCUGCUGCCAUGGCAGGUUUGAAAGUUGUUCCUGUCAAUUGUUUAGAAGAUGGUUCGUUAGACUUGGUUGAUUUGAAGGCCAAGGCCGAAAAACAUUCUGAGGAAUUAGCUGCCGUAAUGAUCACAUAUCCUUCAACUUAUGGUUUAUUCGAACCAGGUAUCCAACAUGCUAUUGACAUUGUGCAUUCUUUUGGUGGCCAAGUCUAUUUAGAUGGUGCUAAUAUGAAUGCUCAGGUUGGAUUAACGUCACCUGGUGAUCUUGGCGCAGAUGUCUGUCACUUGAAUUUGCAUAAGACAUUCUCCAUACCCCAUGGUGGUGGUGGUCCAGCCGGGGCCCCCAUUUGUGUCAAAUCUCAUUUAAUUCCCCACUUACCUAAACAUGACGUUGUUGAUAUGAUCACCGCAGUUGGUAGUGAAAAAUCUAUCGAUUCAGUAUCCUCCGCACCUUAUGGAAAUGCUUUGGUGUUACCAAUUUCUUAUGCCUAUAUCAAAAUGAUGGGCAAUGAAGCUUUGCCAUUUUCUAGUGUGAUAGCCAUGCUAAAUUCGAACUAUAUGAUGACAAGAUUGAGAGAUCAUUAUAAAAUUCUUUUCGUCAAUGAAUCGAGCACGCUAAAACACUGUGCUCAUGAGUUCAUAGUCGAUUUAAGAGAAUAUAAAGCUAAAGGUGUUGAAGCCAUUGAUGUUGCCAAGAGAUUGCAGGACUAUGGAUUCCAUGCCCCAACCUUGGCCUUUCCUGUUCCUGGAACCUUGAUGGUGGAACCAACAGAAUCAGAGAACUUGGAAGAGUUAGAUAGAUUUUGUGAUGCCAUGAUAUCUAUAAAAGGAGAAAUAAAUGCUUUUAUAUCUGGUCAACCGAAAGGACAAAUUCUGAAGAACGCCCCUCAUUCGUUGGAAGAUUUCAUCACAUCAUCUGAUUGGGAUACUAGAGGCUAUACCCGUGAAGAAGCUGCCUAUCCCCUACCUUUUUUGAGAUAUAAUAAAUUUUGGCCUACUGUUGCGAGAUUAGAUGACACUUAUGGUGACAUGAACUUGAUAUGUACAUGCCCUUCUGUAGAAGAAGUUGCAAGCGAAACUGAUUGA